CAACAAAACCAUUUUUUGAAGCAGCAGUCUUACUAAUCGAACACCUAUCUCAAGGUAGAAGAGCUACAAGAUGGCGCAGGCAAUAUUUGAAGUGCUUGAAGGCAUGGACAACCAGACUGUGUUGGCAGUUCAGUCUCUGCUGGAUGGUCAGUCAGGAGUUCCUGACCCAAACAACCAAAAUGUCUCUGCAGCUCCCACCAUCCAGUCAAUGGACGAUGAAGACGUGUUCCUGUGUGGGAAGUGYAAAAAACAGUUCAAUUCCCUGCCGGCCUUCAUGACACACAAGAGGGAGCAGUGUCAGUCUGGGGCCCCCUCCCUGUCCACGGUGUCUCUGGCCUCGACUAACGCCUACGCACCGGUCCCGUCGAUCAGCUCCCUGCCACAGACUCCUGCGAACAGACCGGUGUCCACCUACAUCGCAGUCCCGCCUUCCCCUCUGACACACACGCUGGUCCAAGGCAACGUGCUGGUCAGCGACGAUGUUCUCAUGUCGGCUAUCUCAGCCUUUACYUCCAUCGACCAGCCGAUGGCCGCCAUGCAGGCGCCUAUACAGAGCAACCUGAGCAUGCACACUGCUGGAGUAUCUUAUCUUCAGCACCACCACCAUCAUCAUCAUCAUCAUCAGCAGCAGCAGCAGUCGUCCCACCCUCUCCCCUCCAGCCAGACACAAGCCCACCCACUGCCAGCCGGGCAGCCCACUCAGCAGCCGCUCUCCUCCCAGGUCCCAGCGAGCCACAGCAACUCGGUGGUGCAGGUUUACAGCACGAUGCCCCACAUGGCAGGGGCCGCUGCUGGUGGUGGCGCUGCAGAGAUCCACACCGCCUUAGGUCUGCAGGCUUUCCAUCAUCAUCCUGUUCAAUGCGUGGAGAGCCAGUCGUUCACCAACACUCCUGUCUACAGUCCCGAGAAGCAGGGCGCCAAAACAAAGACCUGCAACAGCAGCAGCAACAUGACGGAGCUGGGCGACUUCGAAAAGGUCAUCAUUCCCAAACAACCCAGGGCCAACAAAAAAAGCACCAACGGAGCGACAGAGCAACUGAAGGGGAAAGGUCUGAAGCUAAAGUGUAACUUCUGUGACAAGAUCUUUUCAAAAAACUUUGAUCUUCAGCAGCACAUCAGGAGUCAUACAGGGGAGAAACCGUUUCAGUGUAUCGUCUGUGGACGAGCCUUCGCUCAAAAGUCCAAUGUGAAGAAACACAUGCAGACUCACAAGGUGUGGCCUAUGAGCGUGGCCAGCACAGUGUCCCGGCUGCCGAUCACAGUGAAGGUGGUGCCCGUGUCGACGAGCGAAGAACGGGACGGGGAGCAGCAGAAACAAGCUGAACGGGACGAGGACGGAUCGCGGCCGCACCGCAGCCAGCACACAACAGAACAGGAGUCGAUACAAGAAGAGACACCAGAGGAGCUGCAGGAGAGUGUGAGCGAGGCUCAGGCCGACCCAACCGUCAGCCACGGGGACGAGACGCAGAGCGGUCACCCUCAGGUCCAGAUGCAGGCGCUGUCCGACCAGAACCAGCAGUGCCACGCUCGGACCCGGCAGGUCGUGGUGAUUGACAGCUCCUAUCAGUGCCAGUUCUGUGCCAACAAGUUCAAAACUUACUUCCAGCUCAAGUCCCACCUGACCCAGCACAAAGGGGAGCAGGUUUAUAAGUGYGUGGUCAAGUCCUGCUCCCAGACCUUCCACAAGCUGGACCAGUUCCUGGAACACAUCCGAACGCACCAGGAGCAGCUGACGUAUCGCUGCCACCUCUGCAGCAAAGUCUUCCCCUCCCUGUUUGAGCUGGGAGUGCACCAGUACUCCCACUGCUUCUGCCCACAGCAGAACACACGCAAGGAAACCAUCGUCUACCGGUGUGUGAAAUGCCAGAGCAGAUAUUCAACCCAGGAAGCUCUGGAACAGCAUCUACUGACGGCCUCACACAGCUACCCCUGCCCACACUGUCCAAAGGUUUUUCCAUGCGAGAGAUACUUCAGACGUCACCUCCCCACUCACGGCGUCGGAGGAAGGUUCAAGUGUCAGAUCUGCAAGAAGGCCUUCAAGACGGAGCACUACCUCAAACUGCACACUCGAAUUCACUCAGGUGAAAAACCUUUCAAGUGUUCACUCUGCGAGGCAACGUUCAACAGAAAAGACAAAGUGAAGCGACACAUGCUCAUCCACGAACCCUUUAAGAAAUACAAGUGUCCCUUCAAGACACACGUAGGCUGCACCAAAGAAUUCAACAGACCAGACAAACUCAAAGCUCACAUCUUGUCACAUUCUGGUAUCAAACCCUACAAGUGUUUGUUUUGUCAGAAGACGUUCAGCCGCAGGGCUCACAUGCUCGAGCACCAGCAGUCUCACACAGACAACUACCGCUUCAGGUGCUCCACCUGCAACAAGGGCUUCACCAGGCAGAGCUAUUACAGAGACCACAAAUGUCCCGCCGCAGGAAACGGGACAGGAGCUAAAGGAGGGAUGGGGGAGGCGGAGGGAGACGAGGCAGCGGGAGAGACCACAGCCGAGGAGCAGGAGGAAGAGCACGACCUGGGGAGGAGAUCCAACGGGCCGCAGACUGACGGAGACGACGAAGAGGAGGACGACUGCUUCCAGGAAGUCCAGCCGCAGGACGAGGAAGAAGGGACUGAUGAAGGAUGUCAGGCUGCUAUUACUGCCAUUAAAGAUCAGAUUGAAGGAGAGAAGCACCACAGGGUGGAUGAUGAUGAUGACGGUGAUGAUGAUGAUGAUGAUGAUGGUGAGACGCUGGUGCAGAUCCAGAGUAAAGACCGAAACAGUUUACAGACAUCUUGUUUGUAGUUCAAUUCAAAAACCUUUCCUGGAUUUACCCCGCUUAACAAACUCAAUUAUUUAUUAUUUAUUUAUUAUAAAAAUAUAUAUAUAAAAUCUGGGAAAUUA